AGUGCCUGAGAAAAUCUUAUCUGAUAAAUAGUAUAUUAAGAGGGGAAAGAUUUCUUUAAAAAAAUAUUUGAUAAGAUUAAAACCCAUUUCAUUUUAUUUUAUAUCAAUUUUAUCUGAUAUCUUAUUCUAUUCAUAAGAAUUCUUCAAAUAUAUCUUAAUUUAAUAAAAUAAGAAAGUUUUCAAAUGGCCUCGGCUGCGAUGUCCCCGGCUGAAGAUGACGAGUUAACCCUUCCUCGUGCAUCCAUUAAUAAGAUGAUCAAGGAAAUACUACCACACGUACGCGUGGCUAAUGAGUCACGAGAAUUAAUCUUAAAUUGUUGUACAGAGUUCAUCCAUUUGUUGUCUUCUGAAGCUAAUGAAAUAUGCAAUCAACAACAAAAAAAGACAAUAAAUGCAGAGCAUAUUUUGCAAGCACUUGAGAAACUUGGUUUCGGCGAUUAUAGUGCAGAAGCAGAAGCUGUUUUAAGAGAUUGUAAAGCAGUAGCAGCUAAGAGAAGACGUCAGAGUACUAGGUUAGAAAAUUUGGGAAUUCCAGAAGAAGAAUUAUUGAGACAACAACAAGAACUCUUUGCAAAAGCAAGAGAAGAACAAGCUGUUGCUGAACAACAACAAUGGCAACAAUUGCAAGCAGUUGCACAAAUGACAUCAAUGCAACAAACUGAUAGCGAACAAGAAGAUUACUCAUAAAAUUACAAUACAGAAAUAAUUCAAUUGAAAUCAUAUGUGAAGUUUUCCCACAUUUUAUUAUAUUAAGAAAUAUAAAAAGGAAAAUAGGAGAUCUUAUUUUGAAUAAAAAUAAUAAGUGUAUAAUG